AUGACCGGUCAGGAAGCCGAAUUCAGAAAAGAAAUUGCAUUCACGAUGCUUGAUUUUGAUAAAAACAAUAGUUCCUACAUUGAAGAGGAAGACAAAACUUAUAUAUAUAACACUACUCGUGAAGAGGAAAGUUCAUCCGAUAACGAAGACGAUGAGAUCGAUGCCGAUGAAGAAGAUGUGGUAGCGGUGCUUGACUCUAGCAAAAGUUAUGACGAUGCGGAUUUAGAAGAAGACCUCAUCACCCCUAAAUCAACAAUAGGGUUGAGUAUUAAUAAAAGAAAAGGGGAAGAAGAACGAGGAGGAGAAGAAGAAGCAGGAAAGGAAGAAGAAGAAGAAACAGGAAUAGAAAAAACUGGUAAUAACACAGCAUCAAAAACAGUAGCUUUGGAAAAGAAAAGUACGAGUCAAAGUGCAUUUAGAAAAUUCCUCAUCAAACACGAGAUUCCCAGAAAAGCUUUCCAUUCUUCCAUUGGUGUCCUCACUUUAUGGCUAUACACACAGAGCUAUACUAGUCAACAAAUAUAUAUCCCGCUCAUUACCGCAUUUGUACUAGUAUUUAUCAAUGAUUAUGUCCGUUUGCAUAACCCCGAGAUUAACGAGUUUGUUUGUUCAAAAAUGUGGUUUGUUAUUCGUGAAAGCGAAAAAAAUUCAUACAACGGAGUGUUGUACUAUCUUGCCGGUGCGUUUUUGGUGCUUUACUUUUGCCCCAAGGACAUUGCAGUGGUGAGUAUUCUUCUUCUUAGUUGGGCAGAUACCGCAGCUUCAACGGUAGGACGGCAAUGGGGCAAAUAUACGCCAAAGAUUGUUGACGGAAAAUCUGUUGCUGGAUCAUUAGCCAGCUUUGCCACUGGAAUCGCAGUUUCUUAUUUGUUUUACGGGUACUUUGUGCCGCAAUAUAGCUGGGUCAACAAGGCGGGUGAUAUCUACUGGUCGAGAGAGCUGAGUCAAUUGAGUAUGCCUCUUUUUUCAGUUAUUGUUGGAGUCAUUGCGAGCAUCUCUGAAUUUGUCAACCCUUGGGGUCUCGAUGACAACUUCACCAUUCCAGUCUUGAGUGGUGCAGGUAUUUAUUUGUUAGCUUAUCUAACACAUAUUUAG